UCUCUUCUCCAAGUGGUGAAACAGGAAACAACAUCCCAUCAGGAAGAACCGGAAGGUGCUAUCCAUUAACUUUGCCUCACGUCACUGAUUGCCCUCAGUCAGAAAUCUUGACUUGCAACUUUAGAGGGUGGAUCUCGGAAAGAAUUUCAGAGCUUACACAGAGAUGAGGUGUGUUGCUCUCUGAUGAGAAGGAAGCUGGCUGGAACUCUGGAAAUCUGGCUGUGAUUGCUCUUCAAAAGCAAGAGGCAUCUUUUGUGGACUGAAGUUUCAGAAAGAAUGUUUCAGACAUUUAAAGAAUGGUUUUGGUUGGAAAGAUUCUGGCUUCCUCCAACAAUAAAAUGGUCAGAUCUUGAAGAUCACGAUGGACUCGUCUUUGCAAAACCCUCUCAUUUAUAUAUGACAAUUCCAUAUGCUUUUGGCUUGCUGAUUAUUAGACAUUUCUUUGAAAAGUUUAUUGCUCUACCUCUAGCAAAAACACUUGGCAUUAAAGAGAAAGUUCGAAAGAUUAUACCAAAUACCAUCUUAGAGAAUUUUUUCAAACAUUCCACAAGGCAACCAUCUCAAACUGAUAUUUAUGGACUGGCAAAGAAGUGUAAUUUGACAGAGCGCCAGGUGGAAAGAUGGUUUAGGAGUCGGCGGAAUCAAGAGAGGCCUUGCAGGAUAAAGAAAUUCCAGGAAGCUUGCUGGCGAUUUGCAUUUUACUUAAUGAUUACUGUUGCUGGAAUUGUAUUUCUUUAUGAUAAGCCUUGGGUAUAUGACCUAUUGGAGGUUUGGAAUGGCUAUCCCAGACAGCCCUUGCUGCCAUCCCAGUACUGGUACUACAUUUUGGAGAUGAGUUUUUAUUGGUCUCUCGUAUUUAGCCUUGGCUCUGAUGUCAAGAGGAAGGAUUUUCUAGCUCAUGUCAUCCACCACCUGGCUGCUAUUAGUUUGAUGAGCUUCUCUUGGUGUGCUAAUUAUAUUCGCAGUGGGACCCUCGUGAUGAUUGUGCAUGAUGUGGCUGACAUUUGGCUGGAGUCUGCUAAGAUGUUUUCUUAUGCCAGAUGGAGGCAAACCUGUAACAUCUUGUUUUUCAUCUUCUCCGCUGUGUUUUUCAUCAGCCGCCUCAUUAUUUUUCCUUUCUGGAUUUUAUAUUGCACGCUGAUUCUGCCUAUGCACUACCUCGAGCCUUUCUUUUCAUACAUCUUCCUCAACCUCCAGCUCAUGGUCCUGCAAAUCCUUCACCUUUACUGGAGUUACUUCAUCCUGAAGAUGCUCAUAAGAUGUAUGUUCUUGAAGAGCACACAGGAUGUGAGGAGUGACAAUGAGGAUGAGGAGGAAGAGGAGGAGGAGGAAGAGGAGGAAGAGAAUAUCAAAGGCAAAGAGAAAGACUCUUUGAAGAACGGCCUCGGAGCCAACAGGACCCUCAUUCCCAAUGGUCAGCAUGGCCAUUAGCUUGAAACCCACAUAGCUCCUGGGGCACAGUGCACUGCAAGGGUUCCUGGAGGCUGGAAGUGCUCCCCCCAUCUCUGUGGCCUAUAGGACCCCAGGGACCCCAGAUUCUGCCCUUCCCUUUUCCUGACCACCACCUUCCUCCCCACCCCCACAAGAUGUGUUUAACAAAAUGUCGUUAACUUGUGUUAAAAUGUUAAAUAUAAGCAUCCCCAUGGAUUUUACUGCAGUUAGGACUCAGACUGGCCAAAGAUUUCAAGAUUUCUCCAGAGAACCGUUUCAGUUCUGGUUGUGUUCAUUCACGCAUUUCAGACGUUUGGCUUUUUUAGGAGCUCACUUCAUUGCAGGCUUUUCUCCUUCCCACCUUACCUCUCCUCAGGAUGGUUAAAGAAGCACUGAGUUGACCCACUUUUUCUGGGUGUGUUUGGCCACAGAGAAUAGCUCAUCUCCCAAGAAUGAGCUAGAGGUGGCGAUGGGACAGUGGCAGAAGGCCCGAACCAGGAACUGGAUUUCCAGGGCUCACGGGCCACUUGCAGGUUUUAAACCUUCCAAGCCUUGGUGCUCCAUCUCUCCAGUGGGACAGUGCCCCCUGCCCUGCCUACCUCACAGGUAGGGUCGGAGGAAGGAUCCCAUGAGAUAAUAUCAGAAGUGAACGU